CACCCACGUCAACUAUGAUUUUCCCUCAAUUUUUUGGUCUCUCUUUCUCAGUUUCUCUCGUUCUUUCUAUCUCUCUCUUAAGUUUUUGACCCUAUCUCUCUAACAUCGUCACACUCGCCUGAGAAUCAAAGGCUCCAAGAUCAUUACUUUCUGGAAAAAAAGAGGUAAAAGCAGAACAAUAGAUGAGAAAAUCAAAGAAGAAUAAAAUAUCUUUCUGCCAAAAGCCAAGGAAGCUCUAUUGUGCAAGUUUUGAGUGGCGAGCGGUGAGCAGCAGUGAUCUGGGCUGGGACGACGUUCUCUGCGUCAAGUUGAGGUGGUGGGUCUAUUCCCACAGGUUAAAACUUAAAAGUUGAACGAUCAAGACGGUGCACUGAAGAACUUCAAGAAGAUUGACCAAGUACCAAGUUGCUAGGUGCCACCUCCUCAUCUCCUUAUAUAGCCAACAAAGCACUGUAUGGUUAUAUAUGUAUAUACACAUAAAUCAGACAGUAUUCCUUUAUAUGAUCUGUAUGUAUGUCAGAUUGAUACCAAUAAGGCACAAAACAUAGCAUGCUAGUAAAACCUCUCAUACCCACCUUGACCUCUAAACAACUAAAUCAAAUCCAUGCUCAAAUCCUCAAAAAUUCAAAACCCCGUUUGUUAAAUGCUUUAGUGGGAGUUCUCACAAACUCCCCCACCCCACAAAAUGCCCUUGUCCUCUACAACCAAAUGCUCCACCACCCAACUUCCCACAAUCAUUACACAUUCACCCAUGCACUCAAGGCAUCCACCUUAUUGCAUGCACACCAAAAGGGCCUUGAAAUCCAUGCACAUGUCAUAAAAUCUGGUUACUAUUCUGAUAUCUUCAUCCAGAACUCCUUGCUUCAUUUCUACAUUGUUGCAAAUGAUAUCAUAUCUGCCUGCUGGAUUUUUGACUCUAUAUCUUUCCCGGAUGUUGUUUCAUGGACUUCAAUCAUUUCGGGGCUUUCUAAGUGUGGUUUUGAGGAGGAAGCUAUUGUUAAGUUUUGUUCCAUGAACGUAAAGCCUAAUUCUACUACUCUUGUUAGUGUUUUGUCUGCUUGUUCUAGCCUAAGAGCUCUCAAGCUUGGCAAAGCCAUUCAUGGAUAUAGUUUGAGGAAUUUGGAUGAAAGUAAUAUUAUUUUGGAUAAUGUAAUACUUGAUUUUUAUGUGAGAUGUGGGUCCUUGGUAAGUGCGAAGUACUUGUUUGUGAACAUGCCUAAGAGAGAUGUGGUUUCUUGGACUACAAUGGUGGGUGGUUAUGCACAAAGAGGAUUUAGUGAAGAGGCAGUGAGGGUUUUCCAGGAAAUGGUGGAAGGAGGAGAAGCUCAGCCUAAUGAGGCCACUAUUGUCAAUGUAUUGUCAGCAUGUUCUUCAAUUGGUGCAUUGAGUUUGGGUCAAUGGGUGCACUCCUACAUUGAAACGCAAAGUGAUCUUCCAGUGGAGGGUAAUAUGGGAAAUGCCUUGAUCAACAUGUAUGUUAAAUGUGGGACUGCGGGUGUGGCAAUUCACAUUUUUAACAAGCUUCUGCACAAGGAUAUCAUAUCAUGGAGUACCAUUAUUAGCGGCAUGGCCAUGAAUGGCCAUGGCAUGCACGCAUUGCAGCUCUUCUCUCUCAUGCUAGUUCAUGGAGUUCCUCCAGAUGAUGUAACUUUCAUUGGCUUACUAUCAGCCUGCAGCCAUGCAGGCCUUGUAGAUAAAGGCUUGAUGAUCUUUGAAGCAAUGAAAAAUGUAUAUGGUAUUAUGCCCCAAGUACAGCAUUAUGCUUGCAUGGUAGAUAUGUAUGGACGUGCUGGGCUCUUGGAGGAAGCAGAGGAUUUUAUUAGGAAGAUGCCUGUGGAUGCCGAUGGACCAAUUUGGGGAGCUUUGCUUAACGCUUGCAGAGUUCAUUGGAAUGAGAAGAUGUUUGAACGGAUCAGACAAUGUCUUCUUGAUACAAGAGGUGUGAGUAUCGGGACUUUUGCUUUAUUGUCAAACUCAUUUGCUAGUUCUGAUAGAUGGGAAGAUGCUAAUAAGGUCCGUGAUGAAAUGAGAUCCAUGGGGUUGAAGAAGAUGGCAGGGUGUAGCUGGAUAGAGGUUAAUCCCUCCACCCAUACCCUGGAUAAACCAGAUGCUUGCUUCGCAUAUGCAGGAUAAUAAUCUGCCGUUAUUGAUCAUCCGUAAGAAGAUUUUAAUUGAACUGAUCCGAUUUUUCUGAGAAUUUGGAUAUUCUUCCGUUGCAUCCUUGUAUCAUAAGAGGAAGAGGCAACAUUUCUGUAUUCAUGUAUGCUGUUGGAUGGAGGGUCCUCCAAUGUUGAAUGCAUAGUUUUGAUUGGAACUACAUGACCCCUGAUCCGGGGUAUCUUUCAUGCUCCUGGGAAGUUCAUUCUAACACACCCAGACAUCAAGAUGUACAUGUUAUUGAGUAUCAGAUGUACCACGUGACUCAUGCUGUUCUGCAUAAAUGCUACCGUGGAACCUGCAUAUCACAUCAAGGUGUAUAUGGCCUUCGAAAUAAUUGUACUAAAGUAAUUUUCUCCUGGUAAUAACUAAGAGUAUUCAGAUAGAGUUGGCUUUAGGACGAUCAUGCACCUGUUCUUUUCUAAAUUGGUGGACAAUGAGAAAAGGAUGGGUUUGAUGGUGGAGCUCUUUGAGAGGAAUAGUAGAGAGUCUGAAAAGAGAUUUUGCACUGCACUGCAUGAUAGUGCUCCAAUGUUUGUGAUGACUGUAAAGGAUUAGGAAUUAAAUUUUAAUUUCAGAAGCUGAGAGCUCGAUGUUGUUGAUGAGAAAAAGAACUAAAAUUUUGAUGCCUUGUAUCCAGCCUUUCUCCCUUUUGGGGUGGUUCUAUUUGAGCUUGUUUUGCUAAUUCACUUUGUUCAAGUGAAGAUGCUAUUUUAUCUUUUCCCCCAAAUUCAAUUUAAAAUUUAGCAUCUAUUGCUUAA